AUGGCGGAGGCGGGUCGGGUCGCGGUGAGCGACUCAGGAGGGUUGCUCCCGGGGGGCUUCUGGGCGGCCGUGGCUGUGUGGCUGGAGAGGCCGCAGGUGGCCAACAAACGGCUGUGCGGUGCCCGUCUGGAGGCCCGCCGGAGCGCCGCCCUGCCCUGGGCAGAGGCCCGCGGCCCCAGGCCGAGCGCCGGUCCCGAGCAGGAGGAGGGACCGGGACCCGGCCCCAGGCCUCUAGCAGGACCCGCGAGGGGCACGGUGGGUCGUGGACGUCCGGAGGCCAGGGGCCGGCGCCAGCUAGAACAGGCACAGAAGGAAGCAGCCUCAGCGCCUCUGCUAGCUGGGAAUCCGGGGCAGCCCGGCAAGGCCGGUGACGGGGAGGGCGACUUGCCCGCCACGGACCUGGAUUUGCUCUGGGACGAUUUCUCCCGCAGUCUCGGCGGCGGCAGUCCGGAGUUGCUGGCCUUCCUCACGGGCCCCGGGGCGGGAUCUCAGCCUGAGACGCAGCACGAGCUCGACGUGGUUCUCAGAACCGUCAUCCCGAAAACGAGCCCUCAUUGCCCGCUUGCAGCUCCGAGGAGAGAAAUAGUCGUGCAAGAUGUCCUCAAUGGAACCGUCACUUUUUUACCUCUGGAAGAAGAUGAGGAAGGGAAUUUAAAGAUUAAGAUGGGCAACGUGUAUCAAAUUCGGCUCAGUGACAGCAGGGAAGAAUGGUUCAUAUCUGUUUUAAUUUUCUGUCCAGAAAGAUGGCAUUCAGAUGGAAUUCUGUAUCCCAAACCCACCUGGCUUGGAGAAGAACUGCUGCCCAAGUUGGCCAGGUGGUCUGUGGAGAACAAGAGGAGUGAGUUUAAAAGCACCCUUUCCCUCAUUUCCAUUGUGAAAUACAGCAAGGCUUACCAGGAGCUUAAAGAGAAGUAUAAAGAAAUGGUUAAGGUGUGGCCUGAAGUAACUGAUCCUGAGAAGUUUGUGUAUGAAGAUGUGGCUAUUGCUGCAUACCUGCUGAUUCUAUGGGAAGAAGAAAGAGCCGAGAGGGGAGUAACUGCCAAGCAGUCCUUUGUUGACUUGGGCUGUGGCAACGGCCUCCUGGUCCACAUCCUGAGCAGUGAAGGGCAUCCAGGCAGAGGGAUUGACGUCCGAAGAAGAAAAAUCUGGGACACGUAUGGAUCACAGACUCGGUUAGAGGAACGUGCAAUCACCCCUAAUGAUAAGACCCUUUUCCCUGAUGUUGAUUGGUUGAUCGGUAACCAUUCUGAUGAACUCACACCAUGGAUACCUGUCAUUGCAGCCAGGUCUUCCUACGGUUGCCGCUUCUUUGUCCUCCCUUGCUGCUUCUUCGACUUCAUUGGAAAGUACCGCCGGAGGCAGAGCAAGAAGACUCAGUACCGAGAAUACCUCAAUUUCAUCAAAGAAGUGGGAUUUACCUGUGGGUUUCAUGUAGAAGAAGACUGCCUUAGAAUUCCUUCAACCAAAAGAGUCUGUCUCGUUGGGAAAUCGAGAACAUACCCGCCCACUGAAGAAGUUUUGAUUGAUGCGCAGAGGACUCAGUACAUCACCAGCAGGCGGGGCUGCCCUGUGCGCCUGGCUGGCCGGAAGCCUUCCACUUCUCCACCCCAGGUUGCUGCUGGCUGUGUUGGUCACUGCGACGGUCACAGAGCCCUGGACGUCGGAGCUGAGUGUGUCCCCGAGGCCAGGCCUGCUCAGUGUGCAGCAGGGGCCCAGGUGGAAGGACCCUGGUUGCCCGGAUUUCACCCCAGAGACAAAGCUGAGGGCACGAGGAAUUGUGCCACCCUCCCCCGAGAUUUUAUUGACCAAGUGGUUUUGCAAGUGGCAAAUUUGUUGUUAGGUGGAAAGCAAUUAAACCCAAGAAGUUCUCAAAAUGGGAGUUCGAAGACCUGGAAUGGGGGAGAGAGCCUCUCCUUGGCAGAAGUAGCCAGUGAGCUGGACAAGGAGACCCUGCGGACGCUGAAGCGGGAGUGCGGAGGCCUGCAGACCCUGCUGAGAAACAGCCACCAGGUUUUCGAAGUUCUGAAUGGGAGAGUUCACAUUCGCGAUUGGAGGGAAGAGAAACUACAGAAGAAAAAGCAACCAGAGGCAAAACGGAGACUGUUCUCUGAAUCUUUCAAAACCCGCCUCUGCUGGUUUUUCACUCACCACCCUGACGGCUGUGCUCUGCCCUCGGACUGCUGCCCGUUUGCCCACGGGCCUGGGGAGCUGCGGCCAUCCCAGGCCACCAAGAAGAAAAAGCGGAUUCCGGGAGCUGCUUCCUCCCCGGGAGUUGAGGCCUGACUGGGGAGGCCCAGCCAGGAGGGAAUGUCACCAGCUCAUCGACGCCGCACUGUCUGCGCUGCCGUUUCCUCUCCCCCUCUCCACGUUCUUGGGGUGAUGUGACUGUUUCAUGAACAGAGGGACCCAGAGAAGCCAAAGUCACUCAUAACCCCGACUGGGUGCUGCGUUUGUUUUCAGUGCGGUCACUUUCAAGCGUGCACAGCGUCUGUGCAUCGGGGGACAGUGCAGAUUCUCAUGGGUCUUCUGGUGAGAGCAGCCGAGGAGGCCUUUCGAGGCCCUCCCUGGGGCCCUGACCGCCUGCCGUGCUUCGCGGUGUCUCUGGGCAGACAGGGCAGGGAGAAGUGCAGCCGCAUCUGCCGGAGCCUCCUGCCACACCAGAAAGCAGCUGCUCGGGGGCGAGCACCAGAUUUGUAUUUUAAACACGUGAGGCUUACUAUGUUGAGGUUAUUUUUAGAAUUAUAGAGAACAAAACAAAGCAAAACACCCAUAAUUUCCUCACCUAGCCCCUCUACGUGGCAUGAAA